GACAGACGACAAACUGAAGACGAGUGACAGAUUCCAAUUCCUAUUCCGUGUAUUAGUAUUAUUUAGGAUUUGUGGUUACUAACGAGUUCGAUGAGUGUAAACAGAUUGUCUUUCAAUUUAUAUAAAUAAUUACUCAGUAAUAAUUGAUCAUUAUGACUAAAGUAUUGUAAGAAUGAAGUUUGUUGGUUAACAUUUCUGAAAUUGUCCUAUAAAAACUUCGUAAAACAUUUAGCCUAUCUGUGUAGAUAUUUGCCUUGGAUUAUCUGACUGCUUUGUUACAAAGCUAGCCUACUUAUACUCAAAUAAAUCAUUUGUGGUGAAGAAUUUAUCUUGAAUUAAAAUGAACACCCAGAAUACUAGUAAAGACGUGUCCAAGCAACUAGAAUUUGUAAAACAACAACAGCAACUUCGAGAGUUUGGCAAUGUUAGAAAUGGUUCAAGUUUCAAGACCUUAAGUGCUGAGAGUAUGAUUGAAGAUUUGCUCUCAAAGAAGGAGACAUUCCAGAAACGCAUUCCUGAAGCUCAACAAAAACAGGACGUCCCCAGCUGGCUGACAGGAUCCGUUCCACCACUCUACGAGAGAGUAUGGGUGGGAGUUCAGGCGUCUGGAGGUCUCGCAGAUACUCCUCUGCUCUCAACUCUUCUCAUGUCGAGUGGUUUGUCAACGGACACGUUGGGCUAUAUCUGGUCGCUAGCCAACCGUACCGUACCAGGGGCUCUCACUCAGUCGGAGUUGUACUUGGUGCUCGCUCUGGUGGGCCUGGCACAGAAUGGGUAUGUUGUCAACAAUCUAGCAGCCCUUCAUCAACUGCCACAAGCUCCUGUACCAACGCUGGAUCUCACACUGUUGCCAACACGCAUGGCAGUCCCUCACGUUUACCCAAAAUCCCCUCAACGUCACAAGUCUACCAGACCCAAUACCCACUUUCAACUGGACAUCAGCCGAUAA